AUGGAGGCUAAUCUUAAGAUACUACGUCAAUAUUUUCCAUUAGGAGGUGAUUAUCCACCAGCGUUAACUAUUGGGUUGACCAUUUUCCUUCCGUUUUUAUACAUUUUGAAUUUCUUCAUCAGCAUCAACGACCACAUUGCAUUGUCACCAACAGAUCUAUUCAAACUAGAUUUGAACAGGGUCUCCCUUUAUCCUUUAGGACAUCUUUCAAUCUUCCAUGUUUUGAUGAAUGUUUUGGCGCUAAUUACACCAUUGUCCAAUUUUGAAAGAAGACACGGUACUGUUUAUACGGGUGUUGUUUUGAAUCUUCUUGCGGUUUCCACAGCUAUUCCUUAUUGUAUCCUUGGUUCAGUCUUUAUUCCAAACACCAAAAUCAUUGGAGCUAGUGCUUGGGCGUUUUCAUUUGCUGGAUACUUUGCCUAUAAAGAAAGUUUAAUCAAACCAACUUUCCAAAUUACACCAUCACAUAGUCUUCCAACUUUAGCCACACCAUUGAUACCAUUGAUCUUGAUUGCCAUUUUUGUUCCAGGAUCAAGUUUCUUUGGUCACUUGUUUGGUUUGAUUUCUGGAUACGCUCUUGCAUACGGAUAUUUGGCUAAAUUAGCACCACCUUCUAAAGUUAUUGAGUUUAUUGAAUCCAAAUUAGAUGGUCUUAUCAAUCUAAUACCUUCCAUGUUCAUUUAUUACAGAGAAGUCGAGGCUAAGCACUUGAGAGAACAAACUGAUUACGUUUCAUUGAUUGGACCAACAGAAACCAUUUUACCAACAACCAAUAAUCCAACUGCUCCAGCUUCCAACCCAACGUUUGCCGGACAAGGACAUGUAUUGGGUGCUUGA